UGUGUGAAACCCUAAGCUAAACCCUGGUUUAAGGAGAGGACACAAGUCCUAUCUUCCUUCCAUUCCCAUUUUACUGCAAAGUUUCUCUUAUGCAGAUCGUAGAAAUGAAAGUCUUGAGAUCGAUUUACUUCACCCAUAAUCUCUUCAUCCACCGCAAUCUCUCCAGAACCCAUGUUUCAUUCUCCUCCUUUUCCCGCCAUUUCCACUCCUCCAACCCCCGGUUCGCUCUAAAUUCUUUGGAGACCGAUGGAACCCAAAGGACCCCGCAUGUGUGGACCGCCUACGAGGGACUUACCGGCGACCUUUCUACGCCAAGCAGCAGACAUAAAGGCUUUACCCAGGGUAACGAGUUAGGUUCAGGAGAGGAAGCAGAUGCGGGUUUCGAGACCGAGAGGACUUUUGAGAAGGCUAAAAAUGAUAAUUUGAGCAAUGGAGACGAAAUCCAGAAGGCCAAAAAUGCUUGUUAUUCCCCCAAGGAAAACACUGAAGGGAUGAGUCGAAAGAAGGCAUUUUUGGAUAAUGGGUUGGGAUUGGGGGAUAUUCUUGGAAAUAAGAAGAAAGGGAAAGGUAAAUUUAAGUGGGUUUGUGAGAUUUGUGGGUACUCAGAUGGACAGUGGUGGGGAGUUUGCCGUUCUUGUGAUCGUUCUGGGACGAUGAAAAAGUUUAUGGAAGGGGAGACUAAGAACAGAGGGCUCGAAUUUUCGGAAACUUUGGCGCGUUCUUGGCUACCAAAGGAUGCAGGGAAUGUGGAACCUGUAAAAUUGAUUGAUGUUAACCGUGGUGUUAAGAAGAUGGAUUACCGGAUUCCACUGUUUGGUCCCUUUGGAAGUGAAGUUGCUAGGGUGCUUGGAGGCGGUCUUGUUCCAGGCUCAUUGGUUUUGAUCGGUGGUGAUCCUGGUGUUGGAAAGAGUACCCUUCUGUUGCAGAUGGCUGCGCUAAUUGCUGAGGGGCAUGACUGUGACCAGCCCGCUUGUGUUGUUUAUGUAUCUGGUGAAGAGAGUGUAGAACAAAUUAGCAGCAGAGCUGAACGUAUGAAGAUCGGAGCAAAUGAACUUUACCUUUAUGCUGGUACUGAUAUUGAGGACAUAUUGAAGAAAAUUCAGCCCCUCUCACCACGGGCCCUAAUUGUUGAUUCAGUUCAGACUGUUUACUUAAAGGAAGUUACUGGAAGUGCUGGAGGCCUCUCACAGGUCAGGGAAUGUACAUCAGCUUUGUUGCGGUUUGCGAAGAAAACCAACAUCCCAGUUCUUUUGGCUGGACAUGUAACAAAAUCUGGUGAUAUAGCUGGACCUCGUGUCUUGGAGCACAUUGUAGAUGCUGUCUUAUAUCUGGAAGGGGAAAAGUGUUCAUCGCAUCGUUUGCUUCGAUCUGUGAAGAAUCGUUUUGGGUCAGUUGAUGAGCUAGGCAUAUUUGAAAUGUCACAACUGGGACUGCAAACUGUUUUAAACCCCAGUGAGAUGUUUUUAAGUGAUCAGAACUCUGAUUCGGAGUUUCUAGCCGGACUUGCUGUUGCUGUAAUUAUGGAUGGAUCUCGGGCUUUCCUUAUUGAAAUUCAGGCAUUGUGUGUAUCUAGCUCAACCGUUUCUAGACAUGUGAAUGGAAUCCAAGCAAGCAGAGCUGAUAUGAUUAUCUCUGUCCUCGCCAAGCAAGCUGGUCUGAAGAUCCAAGAGAAUGCUGUAUUUCUAAAUGUUGUAAGCGGAGUAUCGUUGACAGAGACUGCUGGGGAUCUUGCAAUAGCAGCAUCAGUUUGUAGCAGCUUCUUAGAGUUUCCUAUUCCCAGCGGUGUAGCGUUCAUCGGUGAAAUCGGUCUUGGUGGUGAGAUUCGCAUGGUACCAAGAAUGGACAAAAGAGUGAGCACAGUCGCAAAACUGGGAUAUAAGAAGUGUAUAGUACCCAAGUCAGCUGAGAAAUCAUUGGCGAAUCUUGAUUUGGGGGAGAUGGAGAUGAUUGGCUGCAAUGAUUUGAAGGGGGUCAUCAAUACAGUGUUUACUAAAAACUGAAAAA